GCCUCCGGUACCUCGCACCACCUCCGACUACUGUCAGAUCAGUCGACCCCGUGCAUCGCGGCACGCCGGCCGCCGCGUCUUCUAUUCAUAAUUUUUUUGAUGACCUGAGCUCAACAAUUCACGAGGCUAAUACCAAAAAAGGAAAAUUAAAAAAAAAAAUAAAAUAAUCCCCUAUUUGCCAAAAAAAGGAAACAGCGAAUAUUUAAAAUCGAACUAGAGUAGACCCAAAAAAAAAAGAAGAAAAAGACUAGAUAACGAAAAGAUAAUUAUGGAAUAGAACCCUAAAAAAAACCACCCUCCAAAUGUCGUAAAUUUACAAGGGUAGAUAUUAUCUGAAUUUUUUUUUUUAGUGUUAGUGCGUAAGACAGGUGAUAAAAAAGAAAAAAAAAUAGUGGAGUGAAGUGCGGGAAAAAAUGUCUCCUAAUUAAGAUUAUUCUCCAAAUUUUUUUUUUGUUUUGUUUGUAAAAACGAAUUUUAAACUUGUUGAUUCACGGCCACCUGGGCAACGUCCAGAAUGGCGGUGGCCUCAAUGUUUGUCAAUAUUUUAUUAAUUUUCUUUCUUCAAUCAUCAAUAGGAAAUUCACAAUCAAAUACCGAUUCAUUGGUGGUUGAAACGACAAGUGGAUUGAUUAGAGGUUUUUCACGUACUGUACUCGAUGGUCAUGAGGUACAUGUAUUCUAUGGUGUACCAUUUGCAAAACCACCAAUUGGACCAUUAAGAUUUCGUAAACCACAACCAGUUGAUCCAUGGCAUGGCAUUUUAGAUGCAACAACAUUACCAAAUUGUUGUUUUCAGGAGAAAUAUGAAUAUUUCCCUGGUUUUGAGGGUGAAGCAAUGUGGAAUCCAAAUACAAAUAUUUCUGAAGAUUGUCUCUAUUUAAAUAUAUGGGUACCGCAACGAGUGAGAUUGAGACAUCAAGGUGGUGCACCAUCAGUUGGUACGGAAAAACAUGGUGCACCAAUACUUGUUUGGAUUUAUGGUGGUGGCUAUAUGAGUGGUACGGCUACGUUAGAUGUUUAUGAAGCUGAUAUUAUGGCAGCUAGUAGUAAUACAAUUGUUGCAUCAAUGCAAUAUCGUGUUGGUGCAUUUGGUUUUCUUUAUUUGAAUCAACAUUUUCCAAAUAGUCAAGAGGCACCGGGCAAUAUGGGUCUUUGGGAUCAGAUAAUGGCAUUACAAUGGCUCAAGGAUAAUGCUGCUGCAUUUGGUGGUAAUCCGGAUUUAAUAACAAUAUUCGGUGAAUCAGCUGGUGGUGGUUCGGUGUCAUUACAUUUAAUAUCGCCUGCAACAAAGGGUCUAGUGAGAAGGGGUAUUCUUCAAAGUGGUACAUUAAAUGCACCAUGGAGUUAUAUGACAGCGGAAAAAGCAGAUGAAGUAGCUAAAAUACUUGUCGAAGAUUGUGGUUGUAAUUCAUCGUUACUUAUGGAAAAUCCCGCACACGUUAUGGCUUGUAUGCGUUAUGUUGAUGCAAAAACAAUAUCCGUACAACAAUGGAAUAGCUAUUGGGGAUUACUUGGAUUUCCAUCGGCGCCAACAAUUGACGGUGUUCUUUUGCCAAAGGAUCCACUUGAAUUACUCAAGGAAUCAGAUUUCGAGGAGACGGAGAUUUUAAUUGGCAACAAUAAGAAUGAAGGAACUUACUUUAUAUUGUACGACUUCAUCGACUUCUUUGAAAAGGAUCAAGCAAGUCGAUUGGAUAGAACCAAGUUCCUCACAAUCAUGAACACGAUCUUUAAGAAUAUGUCGCAAAUUGAACGAGAUGCUAUCACAUUCCAGUAUACAGAUUGGGAAAACGCGACCGAUGAUUAUAUGUAUCAAAAAAUGGUAGCUGACGCUGUUGGCGAUUAUUUCUUCAUAUGUCCAUCAACUCAUUUUGCUCAACUUUUUGCUGAUCGUGGCAUGAAGGUCUACUAUUAUUUUUUCACACAGACAAGUAGUACAAAUUUAUGGGGUGAUUGGAUGGGAGUAAUGCAUGGAGAUGAAAUCGAAUAUGUCUUUGGUCUUCCACUCAACACGUCUCUUAAAUACACCGACAAAGAGCGUGAACUUGCACAGAAAUUUUUAUCAAUUUAUUCCAAUUUCGCUACACAUGGGAAGCCAGUUGAAAGCGAAGUUGAAUGGCCGCCAUAUACGAGAAAUGAUCCUCGGUAUUUUAUUUUAGAUGCCGAAAAGAGCGACAUGGGAAAAGGUCCUCGCAUGACCGCCUGUGCUUUUUGGAACGAAUUUCUUCCUCGACUAAAAGGAGUACCUGAUCCAGAACCAGAAGCAUGCAACAGGGUGAUAGCAUCGAGUGUCUCGGCAGGUGCAAAUCGGCUAAUUUCAUGUCUUAAAUCUGCUCACAUCUUUUUGCUUCCCAUCCUAAUGGCAAUUACUUCGAUUAUGUAAAAUAAACAAAAAAAAAAAGAGGAAAAAAAAAAUUGAAAUGAUGACCCUUCUUCCAGUAGUAAAAAAAAGAAAAGAAGAAAAAGACCGAAUCAAGCGGUAAAAUCAACCCGCAGGCACGGACUUCCGCUUCAAGAUGAACGUCCAGGUGCUUUUUUUUACAAUAUAAACUCCACAUUCAAGGAACAGUUUUGCCUUGAAAAGCAAAAAAAAAAAAAAAAAAAAACACACACAAAAAUAUUUUCAAUUUGCAAAACUGUACACAGAGAACAAAAAAAAAAGGAAUGAAUACAAAAUAGAAAAAAGAAAAACAAAAUGUGCGAAAGAAUUGAAAAAAAAAGUCGAGACAAAAAAAAUACCGACUCUAAGAAUGCGACGUGCUA